GUUCCUAUUUCUAUUUCAAAGACACACCACUCAACAGAGGCCAAAACUAAAAGCAUCAUCUCUCUCUCUCUUCUUCUUCUUCUUCUUCUCAAGAUUCAAAAAACGAAACAUCACCAAACACAAAAAUGGGAUGUUUUAUGGGUUGUUUCGGUCUCUCUUCCAACAAAAAACGCAGAAGCUCCAUCAGGAAGAUCCUUCCUCGAGAUCAAAGAAUUUGUAGCUACGAGCCUCUACUACAUUCUUCAGAUCCGACAGAGUUCAGUACUUUUGUUGAUAACCCUCAAAAGAUCUCGAAUUCGAACCUCAGGGGUGAGGUGGAGGAGGAUGAGGAGAAGAAGAAGGUGACCAAGAAGACGAGGAAGAGAGUCAGAUUUGACUUGAAUGUACAAACCUAUGAACCUAUUGUACCACCAUCAUUUGAGAAUGAUUGCAGUGAUAAUGAAGAAGGAGAAAGAAUCAAGGGGUCCUCAGUUAUCGAUAAGAAACCAGAGGAUCUAAGCAGUAGACCAGUGUAUCCUUCAAACUAUAGGUACCACAAUUGCGUGACUAGUUUUGAAGAUGAAGAUGAUGAAAUGGGUUACGGAGAGAGUGAUUUGGAGGAUGAAGACUAUUACACAGAUGAUGAAAACGACUAUGAAGAUGAUGCUGAUGAUGAAGAAGAAGAGAAGGACCAGGAUGUGACUCCUCUCUUGAAUCCUGUGGAGAAUCUUGCUCAGUGGAAAGCGGUUAAAUCAAGGCCGGUGAAACUUAAACGAGAAAUGAAAGAGAAUGUUCAAGCAACCCCGCUACUGAAGGAGUUAAUCGUCAAUACUAGCCUUUCCAAUUGGAUAGCCUCACCAAAGAGUUUUCAUGGGAAUGGUUCGUCAAAGAGAUCCCCAAUUGUGGAUAUCACCAACAUGGAGAACAGGUAAAAGGUUUUCACAGUGAUUCAGAAGAAGAAACGAAAAAAGUGUGUUUUGUUGUUUUGUCUUUUGUAGCAUUUCUGAUUCUUUUUGUGUGUAUGGAUGAAGGCUUGCAUCAGUUUCCCCAUUUCGGGUUUAUUUUUUGCCACUUGUUGUUUCUGCAACUAUAUAUCUUGAAAAAGUUGUGACCUUUCAAAGUUUUUGCA